GGAAUGACUGAUUCUCUACGAGGGUGCAUCCAGCCAUGGGAGCAGGCUGAUGAGGAAGGUUUGGGGAGCAAGUUCUUGGGAUCUCUCCAAGUCAUCCUAUAGAAGAGGAUUCUGAAGACUUAGCCCUGGCAUGCUAACCUAGGUAAACCAUGUUAUUAGCCCAGAUAAAUCGAGAUUCUCAGGGAAUGACUGAGUUUCCUGGAGGGGGAAUGGAGGCUCAGCAUGUCACUCUUUGCCUGACAGAGGCAGUAACUGUGGCAGAUGGGGACAAUCUGGAAAACAUGGAAGGUGUCAGCCUGCAAGCAGUGACCCUGGCAGAUGGCUCCACAGCUUACAUCCAGCACAAUUCCAAAGAUGGAAAACUCAUGGAUGGCCAGGUUAUUCAACUAGAGGACGGUUCUGCUGCCUAUGUCCAACAUCUUCCUAUACCUAAGAGUACAGGGGACAGUUUGCGUUUAGAAGAUGGACAGGCAGUUCAGUUGGAAGAUGGAACUACAGCUUUUAUUCAUCAUACCUCCAAAGACAGUUAUGACCAGAGUGCACUACAGGCCGUCCAGUUGGAGGACGGCACCACUGCCUAUAUUCACCACACUGUACAAGUUCCCCAGUCGGACACCAUCUUGGCUAUUCAGUCAGAUGGCACCGUGGCGGGCCUGCACACAGGGGACGCCACCAUUGACCCUGAUACCAUAAGUGCUUUGGAACAGUAUGCUGCAAAGGUGUCUAUUGAUGGAAGUGACAGUGUCACUGGUGCUGGGAUAAUUGGUGAAAAUGAGCAGGAGAAGAAAAUGCAGAUUGUAUUGCACGGACACGGGACGAGAGUCACCGCUAAAUCACAACAAAGCGGAGAAAAGGCCUUUCGGUGUAACUACGAAGGAUGUGGAAAACUCUACACGACGGCUCACCACCUGAAGGUCCAUGAAAGGUCACACACAGGGGACCGGCCGUACCAGUGUGAGCAUCGUGGCUGUGGGAAGGCCUUUGCCACAGGUUAUGGAUUAAAAAGUCAUUUCAGAACCCACACAGGAGAAAAGCCAUAUCGGUGUUCAGAAGAUAAUUGUAUGAAGUCUUUUAAAACAUCAGGUGACCUACAGAAACACAUUCGAACUCAUACAGGUGAACGACCCUUCAAGUGUACCUUUGAAGGAUGCGGCAGGUCCUUUACUACAUCAAACAUCAGAAAAGUGCACAUUAGGACACAUACAGGAGAAAGACCCUAUUACUGUACAGAGCCAGGAUGUGGGAGGGCAUUUGCCAGUGCAACAAAUUAUAAGAAUCAUGUGAGGAUACACACAGGGGAGAAGCCAUAUGUUUGUACAGUCCCUGGGUGUGAUAAACGAUUCACAGAAUAUUCCAGUUUGUACAAACACCACGUUGUUCACACUCACUCCAAACCGUACAACUGCAAUCACUGUGGGAAAACGUAUAAGCAGAUCUCCACCUUAGCGAUGCACAAGCGAACAGCUCACAACGACACAGAGCCAAUUGAGGAAGAGCAAGAGGCCUUCUUCGAGCCCCCACCAGGUCAAGGCGAGGAUGUCCUCAAAGGUCCGCAGAUAACAUACGUUACAGGCGUAGAAGGGGAGGAUGUUGUGUCUGCACAUGUAGCUACUGUAACGCAAUCUGGAUUGAGCCAGCAGGUCACGCUCAUAUCCCAGGAUGGGACCCAACAUGUCAACAUAUCUCAGGCAGACAUGCAAGCCAUCGGCAAUACCAUCACCAUGGUGACGCAAGAUGGCACCCCAAUCACAGUCCCCACUCAUGAUGCAGUUAUCUCUUCAGCAGGAACACACUCUGUAGCCAUGGUGACUGCUGAGGGUACGGAAGGACAGCAGGUUGCGAUAGUGGCCCAGGACUUAGCAGCGUUCCACACGGCCUCCUCAGACAUGGGUCAUCAGCCACACGGGCAUCAUUUGGUGACAACAGAAGCUCGACCGCUGACGUUAGUGGCCACGUCCAACGGAACACAAAUUGCAGUGCAGCUUGGAGAACAGCAGUCUUUGGAAGAAGCCAUCAGAAUAGCCUCCAGAAUCCAGCAAGGAGAGACACCAGGCUUGGACGAUUAACCCGGGCCUUGGAACCAUCCGGCAGAGAAUCUUUUCUUUUCAGACAACAGAGACCCCUGCAGCCAGAGUCGAGAACACUUGGAACUUUCCCAUUCCCUGAUCCUCUGCACACAUUUUUAUGCACAAGUGGACGCGUCUCAUGCUUGACCCUUAAAAUAGACUGGUUGGACUCGGUGACCACCAAGGUCCCUUCCAACUCUGCAGGUCAGCAGUUCUCGAUUUCCAACCUGACCCCUUGUGUAUGCAGAAAUAUGAAAUUAGGACUAGAUGGUAGAUUUUCCUGUUGUUGCUCUUUAUCAACUCUCAGACUACUGAAGUCUACCUGCAUGGCCAGUGCAGCUGUAGAAUUCUGUCCCAGGAUGAAUUUUAACUUUAAAUACAUGAUCAAGGCUGUUCAGACACUUUCAGAUGUCUGAAAGGUCCUUACAAUCAUAAUUCCAGAAGCCAUUUCAAAUGACAAAAGGAUGCAAAGCCUUCAAAUAUGUUCUUCAAUUAGUAGGGACCCUGCGAUUUUGGUUCUACAUUUCUCCAUUUUGAUUUCUGUCCCAGGUAACUGGUUGUCUUCCCCUGUCCCUGUUAAGUGCAGCCUAUUCAGCUAAUUCCAUUAGCUUUAAUUAGAUUAUGUAAUCAUUGAAAAGCUUUGGUUGUUCAGAAUUAAAUGGUUUAAUCCAAUACUUUGGUUUCCUUAAAGGUUUUACCUGAUGAGUUUGUUUUUGGUUUGGUUUGGUUUUUAAUAAUUCCAAUUAUGAUCAAGAAAAAUGUGACCACAGUGUCCAGGGAAGAAGGCAGGGCCAUGAUCUGAAGUGAAUUGACUCUGGGAUGAGUUCAGUGUAACCUAUUUAUUUUUGUUUAACAUUAUCCUUGUUCCAAAGUUUAUUUAUCCUGUAGCUCAUUUUUAAUUGAAUCCAGUAGUUCAAUAAACAAUAAUUUUCUUUUAUUAAA